CACGGAAGUAGGAUUGGAGACGAGUUUGUUGGUUUUUUGCAUUCCUUUUGUGGAGUAAAGAAAGACAUAUUGACCGAACUAAAUAGACAACCCAACUCUCAUUCGACUGAAAAUGUCUAAACUACAGUUGUUGCGUGUGUUUUUAAAUGAUCGUUUAACGGCGGCUGAUGUGGAGAUUGUCGGGGCAGUUGAGAAAACGGUAGUGGAGUACCAGGAGGAGAAUGAUCGGCUACGGAGACUUCUGCGGAUCACACCGGAGAUAAAACUAUGUAGAAUAGACUCCCUGCAGUUCUCUCUUUCUGUCUCUGAAGAGGAAGUUCCCCCUGAGCAGCAGCACUGUGAGCAGGAGUGGAGCCCCAGUCUGGGACAGAAGGACCCAGAGACCAUACAGAUUAAAGAGGAACAGGAGGAAGUCAGGACCAGUCAGGAGGAAGAGCAGCUUCAAGGGCGCUUUGAUACCAAAGACUCCAUAUCCACUACUUCCUGUGUGAAAAGUGAAUGUGAUCAGGAGGACCCAGAUCAAGAAGCCAUACUAGCUGAAUACCCAACUCUCAGUCCACUGAAAACAUCUAAACUACAGUUGUUUCGUGUGUUUUUAAAUGAAUGUUUAACGGCAUCUGCUGCUGUGGAGAUUUUUGGUGCGGUUGAGGAAACUGUAGCAGAGUACCAGGAGGAGAAUGAUCUGCUACGGAGACUGCUGCGGAUCACACCGGAGAUACAACUAUGUAGAAUAGAUUCCCUGCAGCUCUCUGUCUCUGAAGAGGAGGUUCCCCCUGAGCAGCAGCACUGUGAGCAGGAGUGGAGCCCCAGUCUGGGACAGGAGGACCCAGAGACCAUACAGAUUAAAGAGGAACAGGAGGAAGUCAGGACCAGUCAGGAGGAAGAGCAGCUUCAAGGGCGCUUUGAUACCAAAGACUCCAUAUUCACUCCUUCCUGUGUGAAAAGUUCAAUCCCACCAUUGGAUCCGAACACGUCAAUGGGGAAACAGUGUUGCCAUGACUGUGGUGAAACUUUUGCUCUGAAAGCUGAUCUGCAGAAGCAUGUGACUCUCACCAAGAAGAGACCCAGUGAAUGUGUCUUCUGCAAAAAACGCUACAACUCCACCUGUAAACUAAAGGCCCAUGUCCGACUCUGUCACGGUGUGAAACCUUUCACCUGCCCUGUUUGUGGCAAGACCUUCAAACUAAAGAAAUAUCUGUCCAGACACAUCAGGAUGCACACAGGAGAGAAAUCAUUUAUCUGCGGUGACUGUGGGAAGAGCUUCUACCGCAAGGAGAACCUAACUAUGCAUUUACGGAUUCACACAGGGGAGAAACUCUUCAUCUGUGGUGACUGCGGGAAGAGCUUCAGUAUCAAGAAUAACCUAAACAUGCAUAAACUGAUUCACACAGGAGAGAAACCAUUUAGUUGUGGUUACUGUGGGAAGUGCUUCAGUCAGAAGGGGGACCUAGGGAGGCAUAUAUUGAUUCACACAGGAGAGAAACCGUUUAGCUGUGAAGACUGUGAUAAAAGUUUCAGACACAAGGGGUCCCUAACCAAACAUAUAUGGACUCACACAGGAGAGAAACCAUUUAGCUGUGGUGACUGUGGGAAAAACUUUUAUCGUAAGGAACACUUAACCGUGCAUCUGCUGACUCACACAGGUGAGAAACCAUUUAUUUGUGGUUACUGUGGGAAGAGCUUCAAUCAGAAGGGGUCCCUUAAGGCACAUAUACUGAUUCACACAGGAGAGAAACUAUUUAUCUGUGGUGACUGUGGGAAAAGCUUCAGUCUGAAGAAGCACUUAACUGUGCACAUACUGACUCAUACAGGAGAGAAAUCAUUUAGCUGUGAUGACUGUGGGAAAAGCUUCGCUCAGAAGGCCCACCUAAAUAAUCAUAUACGUACUCACACAGGAGAGAAACCAUUUAGCUGCUUUGACUGCGGGAAAAGCUUUAGUCAAAAGGGUGUCCUAGGGAGACACAUACUGACUCACACAGGAGAGAAAUCAUUUAGCUGUAGUGACUGUGGGAAAAGCUUCAGUCUGAAGGACCACCUAAAUAAGCAUAUACUGACUCACACAGGAGAGAAACCAUUUAGCUGUUGUUACUGCGGGAAAAGUUUUAGUCAGAAGGGGGUCCUAGUUAGACACAUACGGACUCACACAGGAGAGAAACCUUUUAGCUGUUGUUACUGUGGGAAAAGCUUCAGUCAGAAGGUGGUUCUAGGGAGACACAUACGGACUCACACAGGAGAGAAACAAUUUAGCUGUGGCGACUGUGGUAAAAUAUUCAGUGUCAAGAGGAACCUAAUCAAACACAAACUGACUCACACAGGAGAGAAACAACAUGGCUGCUCAGUCUGUGAUAAAAUAUUCACUCAGAAGACUAAUCUGCUGAGGCAUGUCAAAAACAACCACAAAGAAAGUAAAUGAGGACACAGAGAGGGGACUAAGAGAGUAUUGAGAUACACCUGUGGACCAACUCUAGCUGGUCCUCCUGAUCCUGCUCAGUCCAAUGUCACAGUAAUGAUAUAAUGGGGCUGUUGUCUGAACCUAACAGGUAAUGUUGCUACUCUUUGUGUAUGAAAUGGACAAUCUGCAGUUCAGACAACCACCAUUUUUUAGGUAAACAACUGAGGGAUGGUGUUGGAGAGUUGUAAAACACUAAAAUGCAUAGAUUUGAUAAAUGGAUGCAAGAUGUCAAACUAUUGAGCUAAUGUAUCUAAUUUGCCUGUAGCUACUUGUUCAUUUUGAAAGGGGGAAACAGAAGUGUAUACUACAAUGUAUGAUUUGGCAAGUUAGUCAUUUAGCUAGCCAAAAUAUUCUGAAAUAACGUGUUAGAAAGAUAAGCAUGAAAGGGUUAUGGUCUGAUUGUCUCAACAACCCAAAAAACAUAUAUCUAAGUGUAGGGUACUAAGUGAAUUAGAAAAUCAAUUGUUAUUUCUGGUUGCUUAUCAAAGUUAGCUGGCUAACUCCUCAAACCAGCUACGUAGUAUACCCCUCUGGUUGCUUAGCAAAGUUAGCUGGCUAACUCCUCAAACCAGCUACGUAGUAUACCCCUCUGGUUGUUUAUCAAAGUUAGCUGGCUAACUCCUCAAACCAGCUACGUAGUAUACCCCUCUAGUUGCUUAUCAAAGUUAGCUGGCUAACUCCUCAAACCAGCUACGUAGUAUACCCCUCUGGUUGCUUAUCAAAGUUAGCUGGCUAACUCCUCAAACCAGCUACGUAGUAUACCCCUCUGGUUGUUUAUCAAAGUUAGCUGGCUAACUCCUCAAACCAGCUACGUAGUAUACCCCUCUGGUUGCUUAUCAAAGUUAGCUGGCUAACUCAUUGAUCCUGCUUUGUAGUGUACCCUUCUGGUUGCUUAUCAAAGUUAGCUGGCUAACUCAUUGAAUUGAUCCUGCUUUGUAGUGUACCCCUCUGGCUGCUUAUCAAAGUUAGCUGGCUAACUCAUUGAUCCUGCUUUGUAGUGUACCCCUCUGGCUGCUUAUCAAAGUUAGCUGGCUAACUCAUUGACCCUGCUUUGUAGUGUACCCCUCUGGCUGCUUAUCAAAGUUAGCUGGCUAACUCAUUGAUCCUGCUUUGUAGUGUACCCCUCUGGCUGCUUAUCAAAGUUAGCUGGCUAACUCAUUGACCCUGCUUUGUAGUGUACCCCUCUGCAGUUAAAACAACAACAAAGUGGGCACCCGCCAAUGUUUUGCUAAACAGCUGAGGGAAAGGGGUUGGAGAAAUGUAAACACUCAAAUUCAGACAGAUUUAUGAUAGUUAAUCUUAUGUAUUACAUUAAAUAUUGCACAAUUUACCAUAUCAGUGCAGACAAGCGUCAGAGCCAGUGUAGUAGGAUUCUAUCUUAGUCCUGUAUUGACGCUUUGCCUGUUUGAUGGUUCGUCAGAGGGUGUAGGAUUCCUUAUAAGCGUCCCGCUCCUUGAAAAGCGUCAGCUCUAGUCUUUAGUUCAGUGCGGAUGUUGCCUGUAAUGCAUGGCUUCUGGUUGGCGUAUGUACCUACGGUUUGUGUGGACGAUGUUGUCGAUGCACUUAUUAAUGAAGCCGGUGACUGAUGUGGUAUCGGAUGGAUCCCUGAAGCUUGGCUGCAACCCUUCUAAGCCUAUGCUGCCCUUCAGUCACUAAACCUUUUGCGCUUAUGGAAACAUAUAUUAUCCCAGAUACUACGCCAGCUGCUCUCUGCAUCUGACUGUGUGUUCUUUCAUUGUCUGAGAGCGUCUGGUCGUCACGGUGGUGGCACGGGGCUACUUAUUUCUCUUAAAUGGAGAUGUUCUAUUUUAUCCCUCACUCACCUGUCCAUCUCCUUAUUCUGUCCCAUAUUUCCUCCCGUCUGGCUCGGUACUCCCCUCCUGCUCCGUGGCUGAGUGACUCAUUGCGAACUUACAGAACAGAGCUACGGGCAGCUGAGCGAAAAUGUGGAAUACUUCCGGAGGACCUUCACUCCCUCCCCUCUACCUUGUCUUCCUUUGUAUUCACUGCUAAAGCCACUUUCUCUCUAAAUGUCAAGCUUCUGCCUCUAACCCCAGAAACUAUUUUCCCUCCUUAAUCCGCUACACCUCCCUCCUCCUGUGGACCAGUUUAUCAAGAAGGUUGACGACAUCCUCUCAUCAUUCACUCAGCCUAUUGAGUCCACUGGUCCCACUCACACAUGCAGUGGUUCCUCAAUUAAACGUUUUGAGUUUAUGCCGCGACCGUUUGUAGUAGAUGGUGGCAUUCUGUCAUUGCACAACACUAUCACAAGGGGGAGUUAGAACGCUGAUUUAUCCGUAGUCUAAACUGUGACAGAAAUGUAUUAUAUUUUCCUGAAUUAAUGGAUGUGUUUUCAGUCUGAGAGUCUCUCUUCUCUGGCACUAGUCCUGCAUCAGGCCACAACAAAACACAAAAUCUGGCGGUGGUCCUGGAGUUGAGAGAGAACUUAGAUAAAUACAAAGGCCCAAACACACUUGACAUGUGGACCGACGAUUUUCGAAAAAUAGGCAAGGUGGGCUUUCAGUUUCUCUAUUUUAUAUUUUGAGACAAUUCAAAACAUACACAUACAAACAACAACUACAUCACACCCCCAUCUCCAGACCCACCUGCUCACACCUCCAUCUCCAGACCUACCUGCUCACACCUCCAUCUCCAGACCCACCUGCUCACACCUCCAUCUCCAGACCCACCUGCUCACACCUCCAUCUCCAGACCCACCUGCUCACACCUCCAUCUCCAGACCCACCUGCUCACACCUCCAUCUCCAGACCCACCUGCUCACACCUCCAUCUCCAGACCCACCUGCUCACACCUCCAUCUCCAGACCCACUACAUCCCACCUCCAUCUCCAGACCAACUACAUCCCACCUCCAUCUCCAGACCCACUACAUCACACCUCCAUCUCCAGACCAACUACAUCCCACCCCCAUCUCCAGACCCACCUGCUCACACCUCCAUCUCCAGACCCACCUGCUCACACCUCCAUCUCCAGACCCACUACAUCCCACCCCCAUCUCCAGACCCACCUGCUCACACCUCCAUCUCCAGACCCACCUGCUCACACCUCCAUCUCCAGACCCACCUGCUCACACCUGCAUCUCCAGACCCACUACAUCACACCACCAUCUCCAGACCCACUACAUCACACCUCCAUCUCCAGACCAACUACAUCACACCUCCAUCUCCAGACCAACUACAUCACACCUCCAUCUCCAGACCAACUACAUCACACCUCCAUCUCCAGACCAACUACAUCACACCUCCAUCUCCAGACCAACUACAUCACACCUCCAUCUCCAGACCAACUACAUCACACCUCCAUCUCCAGACCAACUACAUCACACCUUCAUCUCCAGACCAACUACAUCACACCUCCAUCUCCAGACCAACUACAUCACACCUCCAUCUCCAGACCAACUACAUCACACCUCCAUCUCCAGACCAACUACAUCACACCUCCAUCUCCAGACCAACUACAUCACACCUCCAUCUCCAGACCCACUACAUCACACCUCCAUCUCCAGACCAACUACAUCACACCUCCAUCUCCAGACCAACUACAUCACACCUCCAUCUCCAGACCAACUACAUCACACCUUCAUCUCCAGACCAACUACAUCACACCUUCAUCUCCAGACCAACUACAUCACACCUCCAUCUCCAGACCAACUACAUCACACCUCCAUCUCCAGACCAACUACAUCACACCUCCAUCUCCAGACCAACUACAUCACACCUUCAUCUCCAGACCAACUACAUCACACCUCCAUCUCCAGACCAACUACAUCCCACCUCCAUCUCCAGACCAACUACAUCACACUCCUCCACACGGCCUCAAACUGCACCAUUUUCUUUCUCUCCGUCGCCCACAAACACUUUCAACAUUUGGAUAAUUAAGCUAUUAAGAUACAUUUGGAUAAUAUAAAGGCUGACAUUUUGUUGAUUUUAAUACAUCAAACUCCACCCAUAGCAUGGAUUAUGAUAACCUAAUGACAAAUAAAGUGAGUUUCUGAAACACGGAGUCCUUCUUUGUUGAUGGAAAGAAGACACUGAAUGAAGAGAGUCCAGUGAGAAUUUGUCAGCAUAAAGCUGAGUGAUUCGUUAAUGGCUUUGGAUCUAAAUAAAUAAAUACCAACAUUCUUUCUGAUCGAUAAAUAAAUGUUUUGACCAAGUUAAUCUGCUCAUGUUGUGUGUGUUCGGUUAUUUGUGACAUUGUGGUUACAAUGAACACCAUUUCUAACUCAAUAUCACAGACCAGAUUUUCCCUCACAAAAAAAUGCAUGAAAAGAUUGUGCAUAAAAAUAAAACAAAUAAAAUUCAAUCAUAUAUUUGUA